AUGAUCUUCGAGCCGGCAGAGCGCGUUCUCCUCCCUUCUGUGGAUGUCCUCUCCUACGUCUUCGACAAUACAUAUGAUGCCAACCGACCGGUCUACAUUGACGUUCAUAAUCCCUCGCGAUCUAUCGGCUGCGCUCAGGCUCGGAAUAUCGUCCGACAGUUGAUUGCCGGCCUACGCGCCUGGGGAGUCAAACCAGGCGAUUGCGUCGCCAUCCACUCUUUCAAUGAUAUCUACUAUUCUAUGCUUGUUCUGGCCAUCAUUGGUGCAGGUAGUAUCUACACCGGUACCAAUCCAUCCUACACGACGAUGGAGCUGGCGCAUCAUUUCAAGGCCGCCGACACAAAGUUUGUAAUCUCCGAGCCGGAGAUUCUGGCACCUGUUCUUGCUGCCGUUGAGGAGAGAGGUAUUCCUGAAGCGAACGUGCUCAUCUUCGAUGUCCUGGGACAGGAGGUCCCGGCUGGUCGACGAUCAUGGAAGGAUCUUUUCAACCACGGCGAACACGAUUGGGUGGCCUUUGAUGACCUGCAACGAGCCAAGGAGACCACAGCCGCAAGGCUAUUGAGCAGUGGGACGACGGGCCUGCCCAAAGCCGUGACCAUCACGCAUCACAAUCUCAUCGCAGAGCACGAGUUGUGUUUCGAGGUGCAUCCACGAUCAUACCAGGUCUCCCGCAUCGUCGCAAUGCCCAUCUUCCACGUCGCAGCCGCUGUAGGGGCACACUUCGGGGCCCUCAAAUCUGGCUACACGAUCUACAUGAUGCGCCGCUUCGACCUCGAGACAUUCCUUGUGGCCAACGAAAAAUACCAAGCAACCGACCUAGCCAUCGUCCCGCCCAUGGCGAUCGCCAUUCUGCAGUCUCCAUUCUCGCGGACCAGGCCAUUCCUACACUCCAUCAAGAGCGUCAACUGCGGUGCCGCCCCGCUCGACAAAGACGUGCAGGGGCGGUUCCGCACCCUCCUCCAAGAGGGCACGCCAUUUACGCAGGUCUGGGGAAUGACAGAAACCUGCGCUAUCGCGACGAUGUUCACGUACCCGGAGGACGACGACACAGGGUCCGUGGGCCGGCUGAUCCCGAAUGUUGAAGCCAAACUAAUCGACGAGAACGGAAAUAACAUCUCCGCGUUUGACGUCCGCGGCGAGCUAUGCGUGCGCGGACCCAUCGUCACACCGGGUUACUACCGCAACGACUCCGCCAACGCCGAGGCCUUCGAUAACGAGGGCUGGCACAAAACGGGCGAUAUCGCGUACUGCGACGGGCGCACGCGCAAGUGGUACAUCGUCGACCGGAGGAAAGAGCUUAUCAAGGUCCGUGGUUUCCAGGUUGCGCCGGCGGAGCUGGAAGCUGUGCUUCUGGGUCAUCCGCACAUUGUUGAUGCGGCGGUGAUUGGGCUGGUGUUACCUGGGGCGGAUACGGAGUAUCCCCGUGCGUAUGUGAUUAGACGGCCUGGCAAGGAAGGCAAAAAUCUCACGGAGGAGGAUGUGAGAAAGUAUCUUGGUGAGAGGCUGGCCAGGUACAAGGCGCUGACCGGGGGUGUCAAGUUUGUGGAUGCCAUUGAGAAGUCUCCUAGUGGGAAGAUCCUGAAGCGGGUGUUGAGGGAGGAUAGUAAGAGGGAUGUUGAGACCGGAUUGAGGCCGAAGCUGUGA